AAGAAAAAGAGAGUGCAAAGGAAGGGAAGAAACCAAUUGAGUUGUGUGUGGCUGAGCUAAGUGCAGAGGCACCCCUGCUUAUCCUCUGCUUCACCUCACACACUUCACUCUUCAACCUUGUGUUCUAACCCAAAUUUCAACAGGUCUAUAGUAUAAAGAAUUGGAAGAAGAGUGAAGAAUUUGAAAGGGGGAAGAGAAGGAAACAAUGGCUGCUGCAACAUUGUUGUGUUGGUGCAAUUCAGAUUUGAUCAUUCACGGUUCAUGUUCUAGAUUAUUUGUUAGAAAUAAGGUAAUGGAUUCGAAUCAAUCAACAGUGAAAAGUAGAGGGAGUUAUUAUGCUUAUCAGAAGCAAAAGAAGUUUUUUGUGUGUGCUGCAACUGAAGGGUCUGCAAAGUCUAGUAAAUCUGAAGAAACUAUCCCAUCCUGGGCUAAACCGGAUUCUGAUGAACCCCCACCAUGGGCUAAGGGUGAAGGCAAAGAGAACUCAUCAAAGCAGAACUUUGAAGUUCCCUUUUUUGUUUAUUUACUUGCCUCAGCAAUUACAGCAAUUGCCGCGAUUGGUUCCAUUUUUGAGUAUGUGAAUCAGAGGCCGGUUUUCGGAGUUGUGAACCCAGACAGCAUUUUUUAUGCUCCAUUGCUAGGAUUCUUUGCGUUUACUGGCAUUCCCUUUUCCGCAUUUUUGUGGUUCAAGUCUGUUCAAGCUGCUAACAAGGAAGCUGAGGAACAAGACAGGAGGGAUGGCUUUUUCUAAAGUCACACUAGCAGCAUGAGUUAAAUAUACUGUUGUUCUUCUAUGAAACAUGAGUACCUCUCUCAUUUAUAUUAACUCGUGGUCUUUCAAUUCAA